AUGACAGUGUUCGCGAAGGGUGCGUGGUAUGCACUUGACUCGCUGUGUGGAUCUGGGUAUGAUGUUGUGGGUUUGGAUUGGCUGCAUGAUCCGGUUGAGGCGAUGAACAUUGCUCGGGGUAGGGUUACGUUGCAGGGCAAUGCGGAUCCGGGUUGUCUCUAUGGUUCCCGCGAAUCGAUUACUGCAAUUGUAGAAAAUAUGGUGAAGGGGUUUUGGGGUGCGAAGAAGGGGUGGAUUGCGAAUUUGGGUCAUGGAAUUACUCCUCUUGUUGAUCCGGAAGACUUGAGAUUCUAUUUUCAAGAAAUCCACCGGCUGGCGGCGGUAUCAUGA